AUGGCGGACUGCGCUUCACUGUUAGACGAGGAGCUCUCUUCAUUUGUCUUCAAUUACUUGACUGAAAACUCCGGGAGCCAGUAUGGGGAAGAGGAGGUCUGCUCAGACCGCCUUGAUGCUGACUUCCCUGACUUUGACCUCUCACAGCUGGACACCAGCGAUUUUGACUCAGUGAACUGCCUCAGUGAGCUGCACUGGUGCAACGAGCACUCGGAUCACUCCCCUGCCUCCAUACAGUACAGUGCCGGAGACUCCGAGCUAUUCGAGGAAGAGAAUGCGGCACUGCUCGCUGCGUUCACAGACAGCCUGGACAGCAUUGUUGAGGAUGGGGUCGGGGGGCUGUCUGUGUUCCCUUCGCUGGGGGAAGACCCUGAAGAGGGUGAAGAGGAGGAGGAAGAUGACCUCUCCUUGGACAGUGAGCCCCUCCAUGGCUCUCUGAGCCCAGAGACAGAAGACCCGUCUCUACUAAAGAAACUCCUGUUGUCACCCCCUAAUGUGCCUGUAGGCCACGAUUCGCACAAAAAUGGCAGCGUGCAUCGCCAUAGCAGCAGGAGCCAGCACGUCAAGCCUGUGAAGCCUGCGCUAAAGAAGGACAAAACAAGCACACAGGAACGUAAGCCACGACCAGUGCGGCCUGCCAGUCGACUUUGCACUGAACUCCAUCGCCACCUUACCACCGCACAGGAGGCCGAGGACACACUCUCCGCCAACACAGACGAAGAGGAGAACGAGGAGGACGAAGAGGACAGUGACUCGGAGGAGGAAGAGGAGUCCAGCAGUGAGGAAUGCGAGAGCACGGUGUGCAUCGAGCCGCCGAAGCCUCAGUUCUCCUCAGAGAAAGAACUGCACUCUGUAGUGGAGCUCAUCAAAUACAUGCACACAUACUGCCUGCCCACACGCAAACAGGCCGGCUGGGAUCGCAAGGAGCGCGAGGCAUUGGCACGCAAGGCCAAGCCUGAGAAUCCCCCAGUUCCCCGCAGCAUUCCUCAGAACUGUCACAAGCUGGUCCCCCAAACUAUUAGCGGGUCCAGGCUGAGAGUACCCUUCACUAGACGCAGGGAGAUCAAAGCCCACUCCUUGCUCAAAGAUCUUUUAGAAGCUGUCAGUUCCUUUGACGUAAGCAAGCCUUACAGAAUGCACAGCCCUCCUUAUACCUACAGCAGAGGGGCUGCUCAACCCACCCACGAGAAAAAGACUGAGGUUUCAUCCUCCCCUGCUCGCCAGCCCAAAGCUGAAACUAAAGACUUAGACUAUGAGAGCUCGCAAAAGGCCGCAAAGCGCCUCAAGAGCCCUGAGCCAGGGGAAGGAUCCUUCUCGGUUAGACGCUCUCGCCGUCUGGCUUCCUUUCCCAGCCGAUUUGCUAAGAGAGUCCAUUUGAACUGUGGCCGAUCAGAGCCCAGUGCUGGACAGUCCAACGAAGAGGAGAAUCGGAUAAAACAUCCUCCCACAGAACCACCAUCUGAUAGCAACCAGAACACCAACUCCUACAAGAGCUCUGAAACCCAAAACCUAAGCUGCAAUGACGAGAAACAUGCCUGUCUGUGUAUGCCGCCUGCUUCCAAAUCCAAUGGAGACGCACAGUAUGCCGACAAGCCCUUUGAGCAGACUCUCUGCGUGGAGCUGUGUGGCACAGCAGGCCUCACUCCCCCCACUACACCCCCUCACAAACCAGUGGAGGACGAGCUCUUCAAACCAGACGGCAAAGCUGAGCUUACCACCAAGAACUCGUGCCUGGCACGAACACACAUACGCAAGCUCCCAGAGCAGACGGAACUGUAUGCCCAGCUGCGCCGGAUGGGCCAAAUGGGCAAUACAGACUUGAAGGGCGGCACACCACAUGCAUACGGGGACCAUGACUACUGCCUACUGGGCUUGGGGGAGAGUCGCAAGAGACCAGUGGCCAUGCAGUGCCAUGUGGAAGUGCAAGGGAAGGAGGAGAACAGGGGUGUGAACAACGAGGAGAUGGAGGGACAGGAGGAGAGGCUCAUCUUGAAAGCCCUAGAUGACCAGCAGAGAACUGAAAGCAAGCAGGGUCAGUCGAUGAACUCACCUGCAGAGUUACCUACAUCCAGUCCAGAGCAGACCAGCGACCCCUCUCCUAUCCAUUCUCUUUCCCCAGAGCUGGACGCCCAGUCACCAGUGUCCUGCUCACCCCCCUCGCCCAGCUGCAAGCUCUCGUUCAGUGAUGAGUGCUCUGAGACAUGCCCCGAAGCAACAGAAACAAACAGCAAGUGUGGACAAGAGAAUGAUGUGAACAAGUGCCAAGUGAUCUACAUUCACAACCUUCCGAGCAGCGUCACUCAGUUCAUGCUGCGUAAGCGAUUCGAGGCCUUCGGUCAACCAGAGGACUGUAAAGUUGUCAUCAAAAACGAGGAGCGUUGUGGAGUUAUCACACUGAGGUCCGCGCAGAGUGGCCAGACCCAACGGCACAGGUGGGACUCGCUGGGUUUGAGCAGGGGGAACAGCAGCCGACGGUUUGGCAGGAAGCGUUACAUAGAUCUGGAUGAGGCGGGUCCCGGCCCGGUGAAGAGCAAGUAUGAUGCACUGGAUUUUGACUCUCUGCUGAAGGAGGCCCAGAGAAGCCUGCAUCGCUGACACGCCUUACCACGUCUCCAGAAUUGCUGCCCCGUCCGAGAGUUGCCUCAGCACCUCAACCAAGGCACCUCUUUAUGUUUACAUUUUGAACAUUGGAAUAAAAAAAAUGGACUUUGUCGCUUGUAACUGAGGAUCGGAGGACAUUGGGGCAGGAGGACAAAAACCAGUGAACAAACGAACAGAAGUAGCUCUGACAACACCAGACACAAGUGCUGCUUCUCGUGUGUGUUCGUGUUUGACACCAUUCAUGACGUUGCGAGCGGCUCGGGCUUCGUAGCAAACUGCAAUCUUUUUCGUUGGUUGUUGUGAUGUGUGUUUGUACCCCUUUGUCACUCAUCUUAGUCCUGCAAUGUGCUUUCACCAUUUUGUUGUACAAAUAUAUAAACAAUAAUUGCUUUGUACUAGCAAAACUUUGUGGAUGUUCAACUCUGUGUGUGUGUGUGUGCGUGUGUGUGUGUGGGUGUGGGUGUGGGUGUGUUACGAUGAAAAGUGGAUUAAGAGUGGAAUAAAAAAAAAAAGGCAAACAAAAAAAAUCCUGACAAGUUAGAGUUUACAAUUCAAAAAGGAAAGAAAAAAUUGUCUUUUUGUAAUUUUAGUGCUUCCUUGAUUUCAUCUAUGCACUCAAACGAGGUAGUGCUUCUGUCGUCUUGCCUCUAUCCUCCUCUGGUCUAGAAGAGGCUUUUGCUACUGGCUGCCAGAGACAACCAAGCCAAUGAGUCUAUUGUCCAAACCAACUGAUAAUAUACUACCUUAAAGGUGCUUAAGCGAUUAUGUAAUUGGGUAAAGGUGGGUAAGGAGGAGGCAGGAACCGGCUGAACAGUCAAUGUAACUUUUAAUAACAUAAAUGAACUUGAAUCAACAAACUCAAACACAUAGAGACACACACAGCGGUCGCAUGUGUCUCUCUCUCUCUCUAACUGGUGCCACCGGCUCGUCUUUAUCCCCCUCCGGCUGAUUUGUCCAGUUCAGCCCUCCUUCAUGUCACAGAUUGUUUUUGGAAUACUACACAUAAAAUUUUCCCUACAACCUUACAGAUAUCACUGAAAUAGGUGUUCUGAGAAAUCACAUGUAGUCAAGCAGAAAGUGAUUUUUGUGUGUACGGAUUGGUUGACAUCUUUAGAGGGCGGGGUUAAUUAAGUGGCUUAGUCUAGCGAAGGUUAGCAAAAUGGCUAAAAUUGCUUACAGCUCCUUUAAAGGGUGUAGUGUAUAAUUUUUUCAUUGUUGAAAUACUUUUGUCGUGCACCAGCUUAAUAUGUAGAGACAAUUAUAAGUAAGUUAUUCGUAUGUUGAUUUCCCCAAAAAGUGUAAACACUUUGGUACUGUAAAGUAUCAAAACAUUGCUCUGUUUGAGAAAUAGCAACAUUGGCUCAACUUGUGCGACUAUUUGUUUUUAGAAUAAUGGCAAAUGGAGGUAGUGUUCAGGAAACCUGUUUGAAAACAGUGAGAAUUUUUGCAAAUCCGUUUGGUGCCGAUAGUGAUGCAGAAAUUACAUGCUUCACCUUUAACUUACCAAUUAUGUGUUUUAGUUGUGUUUGUCAGAUCAUAAACCUAUCCUGUUAAAAAUCCUUAAAACCUUCACUGAAAAUGUAUUUAUACAUUUAUAUAUAUAUAUCAAGGAAUGGAAUAUACCCAUCACAAAUGUGAUUGUAGUGACCAUCCUGUCCAUCCUUCUGAUUUUAAUUUGAAAGAACAGUUUAGUGGUCAAACUCUUCCAGCAGCAUAGCCCUAGGAGACAUCAGACAAGUCUUUCUCCUGGAUUUGACUCAAUAAAGUGCUCCUGUUCACUGUACUUGAGAGAAGGGUAGUGGGAAGCUAGGAGGAAGAUAUUUCCAGAGCUCAAUCUAAUUAGAGAUACAGUCGUAUCUCUGCUUUGUUUACAUGUCACUCCCAUACUCUCUCUAAGCUCAAACACUAAAUUUUUUUACUCUUCUAUCUGACAAGGGAAGAUCUGCGGGGUUUUUUUCAAGCUCUUACCUUGUGGCUAAUUCUCUAUUUGUCCUCUUUGUCUGUUUUUGAAGUCUAAACGUGUACCUCUGUAUAACUGCGUCUGUGUCUUUUACUGGGUCUUGGGAUGGGUUUGCCCUUUAUUAUUUUCUGGGAGUUGAAGUAUGUUCACUCGUACCUAUUGCUCUGAUUCAGCGGGGUCACCCUCCUCCCCUUGAACUCUCGGCCUGUUGAUCAAGUACACAUGUGAGUUUGUGUGGGUGCAUGUGUGUGCUGGUGAAUGGAUGGUUUUAGACCUCCCUUUACUCUCGCAUUAUCCCUGCCUCUCCCCUUAUCCAAUUGCCUCCUCUGAAACACCCCAAACCUGAAUGUUUACAUGACUGAAUUCUCUUUUGACUUUACUAGAGCACACACCAAGUAUAGAACGCCUUAUUCAGUGUUAAAAGUACCCUAAUCAGGACGUGCCUUUCUGGCUUUCCCUCUUAAGGUACCGAACAGUUACUUUGAAUACUACAGAUGCUUUUGGCCUAUUCUAAAACACCCAAUAAGAAAAACACCUGAAUGAGUGUUUGUGCUUAGUAUGUAUACUACUAAACAAGUGAGAGAAUGUGCUGGUUUACAUGAUAUAUAAAUAUAUAGAGCUGUAUAAUGUGUAUAUAGCACUGUGUCUUGUGUAAACUUGAGAUGUAUGGUUAUGUGCUGUACAGCGAUGUAGUAACGUGUGGUUUUAAGGGUGGGUCUGAUCUGUUAAUAUGUUUUUAGGGGAAAGAGGUGAACUUGAUGAUGCAGCAUUAAGCAAUACAGGGAGCUACAGAAGGGAAUUUUAAUUGAUUAUGGCUUCUUAAGUCGAUUACAAUUGUAUAGAGUAUAACUUUAGAAUUUUUCUUUUUUUAAACGACAUUAAUAUGUUUGAUUGUUUUAUUUUUUAUGCAACUGAGAUGCAAUACCAGUAAUCUAAGAGAGCCUUUCUCAUAUAUGGAAGGAUUUGUUUAAGAGAUUGGUUGUUUUCUUGAAAACAGUGCUGUAUGUUGUAGAUUGCUGUAGAAAGACAAUGAAAUGGCUCACAUAAUUCAAAAAGAAGGUUGAUGUUUAGGAUCACUGGCCGAGAAGGACUUUUAUUUAUGAAAAAUAUACACAGACAGUCCAGUUUCACAAGGAGAGCCUUAAACCUUAGGGGGAAACAAAGCUAUCAGUCCUGUCUGAUCUCCUUUACAAUACAAUGUGUUUUUAAUUACUGAAGUAAUUAAACCUUUUCAAUACAGCCAUAUUAUAAAAAGUGUAUACAUAUAUAUGAUUAUAUAUAUACAUAUAUAUAUACAUAAAUAUAUAUUUGUGUGUUUGUGUAGAUAAAUAUAUAGAUGCUAUAAUUUGUUAUAGACCAUUUUAUUCAGUGUUUCAGAACACUUCAAAACAUUUCAACUUACACUGUCAAUAUAGAAUGUACAGAUGAUCCAAAUCAAUAUACUACACACACAAAAUAAAAAUCCAAAGGGAACCUUCUUUAAAUGCAAUACAUAUUUCCAGUCCUGUCAUUUCAGCAAUCACUAGACAAGUUGACCAAAAAGUAAAUUUGAUGUUUGGAUACAGGAGAAGUGUGGUACCACAUCAAAUCCAAUUCACGAAUGUCAUGAUCGUUUGGCCUGGCCCUUAAAUGUACAGGCGUGAGUGUGUGCAUGUGAUUUCUUUCUUCCCAUCUUUUCAGAUCACAUUUAAUUCACUACAUCUAUUGCCCUGCAAUUUGUUGUUCACAAUGUACAUGCUCUUGCAAUAUCAGACAGAAUUUGCCCACUGAGUCAGCAAGAGGAAUCUUGAUAUUGUCUGUACUAAACCUUGGGUCAUUUUUAUCAAAAAGUGGAUCUAGCAUAUGUGUAAUUUUGGUGCUAGAGCAUCUGUUAAUGAAAUGCCUCUGAUGUCAUCGCACAUCCAUGUUGCAUUGUCUUGCUGCUUUAAGACCUUGUCUAUUGUGGAAACAAAAUCCGAUAUCAAAAGGCAUACGUUGUUUUCUUCAUUGUCUUGUUUUUAUUGAUUUUUCACUCUUUACAUCUAAUGACUAUCAAAUUGACUAUGAUUUUUCCUUUAUAUUUUUAACAUAGUUUUUGGUAAAUACUGCUAGUAAGAUUUUAUAUUUUUACAUAUUUGUUUUAUUUUGAAUUUUUAUUUAUAUGCCACUUAGGUUGGAUGUCUUUAAAUGGUGUUGGUUUUAUUUUAUUUUCGGCUUUGUGUGAUGUCAUGUCUUGAGAAUGUGGAGACAUUUCAGUAUUUUUAAAUUGUUAAAAAAUCUAGUUUCCUAGAUCAAAGUAUCUAUAUAGCAGAAAUGAUUUGAUGUCAUAAAUUAUAUUUUAAUUCAUGUAAAUAGUUUAAAAAAGAAGACAAUGGCUUCCUUUUAAACUGAACACAUUUCUCUUUCGAGAUUGUUUACAUUAUUAAACUAGAAACUGAUCCUCAUAUACUGUAAAAUAAAUAAAUAAAAAAAAAAGUACAUAUAUUAAUUGUUUUGCCUCCAAAAA